UGCUUUUUAUGUUCUGUUCUAAUCGAAACCCAACCCAACCAAGCGUUGUCUUUGUGGACUUUCUUAUUGUUGUGUGUGUUUUUCGUCUUUGGACCACGUUGGAAUUGUCUUUUGAUUUUUCUCGGCUUUAUUCAAACUUGCAUGCAUAGUUACAAUGAUUCUGCACUUAUUCCCGGAAUCAUGCCUCUCUCUUACCGGUUUUCUCCGGUUACAACUUACAAGUCAAAACAAAGUCUAAGUCGUCGUUUUUUUUUUCUUUUUUCAAAAAGUAAAAGGUUUCAGAGUGGUUGUUAAAAUGGCUAGAAUUACAUGAAGGAUAUACUCAUAUGAACAGAUUCUGCUAGAAAAGCAAUUUUUCUGCAUCUCUUUUGGUAAGAUAAAUAAGGAGAAAUUCUCGUACCUGUUGUGCGCGAGCUUAAUCCCUUAUUGUCGUUAGCUUAGCUUGGGCCACAAGAUGCUUUCGAGUGCCAUGGGAAGGGAAGUCACUGGCCUACAAGUUAUGGAAAAGAAGCCAAACGGUGCCAUAGGGGCUUCAAAUGGUAAUUUAAGUAAUAGAAUACAUGUUUCUCCAAAAAUUGCUGCAAUGGUUCAAGCAAUGGAUCAUGAGAUAAAGGAAUCUGCUGAAGCUAAUUCUUAUGAGAAACAUCACGAGAGGAAAGAUGUUUUGAGUGCCAAAAUCAAUAAAUUAAAUGUUAGCUUGCCAGAAGAGAAGAAUGAGAAAUCUGAAGUGCAGAAGCUGGAUGACAACAAAGAAAUAAGUAUGGAUGCUGUGGAUAAAGAGCUUCCAAGCCCCUCUGCUCCCCAGCCAUCUGAUCAGGUUACUGAAAAGCACGUCACCUAUGCAGAGGCUGUUGAUACUGAACCUGUCACAACUAGUCUGAACUCGUCUCCUAAAGCUAACAAUAUACACUCACCUAAUUCCUCUAAGAAUUCACAGCCGAACUCACCUUUUUCACCAAGGAAGUCGUUCCAUCAUGAUGAUAAGAAGCAUCAUGAUGAUGAAGAUAAUUGGUCUGUUGCUUCCUCUAGCGUUACAUCUGCACGCACUGCCAAAUCUAAGGUAACUGUAGGUUCAGCUCCUAAUUUCAGAUGCUCAGAUCGUGCCGAGAAGCGGAAGGAGUUUUACAUGAAGUUAGAGGAGAAACAUCGAGCUCUUGAAGAAGAAAAAAGCCAGUAUGAGGCAAGGAAAAAGGAAGAGGAAGAUGCAGCCAUUAAACAGUUGAGAAAGAACCUGGUCAUUAAAGCAAAACCAGUACCAAGCUUCUACUAUGAGGGGCCACCCCCCAAGACAGAACUGAAGAAGCUGCCACUGACUCGCCCCAAGUCGCCAAAACUGUCCCGGAGAAGAAGCUGUGGUGAUGCUGUCAACAUGCCUCCAGAAUUUAGUACUCCAGGACGUCUCAGUGUUGGCAGUAACCCCAAACAUGGUAGCUCUGUCACUCAUAAAAACAAAACCAAAGAACGUCCAAAAGUGGAUAAGGAAACAAAAACAUCUCCUCCUAAAAUCACCGAGCAGACAAAUGCGGACAUAUCAGUCCAAUCAUGAGCUUCAGAAGAUUUUACUGACCUCCAGCUGAAAGGAAAAUAGCCUUCAUUUUCCUUUGGCACACCAGAUGGGAUACUUUGCACAAAAGAUGGCCUAAUUUUCUUUUCAUCCGGACUGACUUUUUUAUGUGGCUUGUUUUUAACUUGGAAGUGUAUAUGUUUUGUAAGUUAUAUCGGCACACAUUAUUUCAUAUAUAAAUAGUUAUUGAUGUAAGAUGUAUGUACGAAAUUUUAUUUGAUAUCCUCAGAUUGCUCCAGACUUGGUAAGGCAAAUUUAUAUGAAAUAUAUUCCUUAUUGUAGGGUCUGUAACAUAUUUUAUCAAUGCUUAAUCUCGUGUCCACUGUCUUUCUA